UCAACAUCGUCAUGCUAACAUGCGCCGGCGAUCCACCACAUGAAAUAUUCUCCCGCCAUCAUCAACAAGCAUUAAAACGUACAAAAUUGCUAUCCACCUUUUGCCACUUUUCAUUUUCUCUCUCUAGAAACCCCACGAACUCGCUAAUGGAGCUCCCGGUGGUAGAUCUCGCUCAAUAUCUGGAGAUCUCAGCUCAAUUUAGCGGCGAUGUGCCGAAUUUGGAUCCAGAGCUGAAAAGACUGUGCUGUGAGGUGAGUCGAACCCUAAGAGAAACCGGAGUUCUGGUGGUGAAGGAUCCGAGAUGUUCCGCACAAGACAACGAUCGAUUCAUCGAUAUGAUGGAAAACUACUUCGAAAGACCGGAUCAGUUCAAGCGCCUCCAAGAGCGUCCUCACCUACAUUACCAGGUUGGGGUAACACCUGAAGGAGUUGAGGUCCCUCGUAGUUUGGUUGAUGAGGAAAUGCAAGAGAAGUUAAGAGCAAUGCCUAAAGAGGUUCAACCAUCCACUCCUGUCGGACCAGAUCCAAAGUGGCGGUACAUGUGGAGAGUUGGCCCUAGGCCAUCAAACACCCGCUUUAAGGAACUAAAUUCUGAGCUUGUAGUACCCGAAGGAUUUCCUGAAUGGCAAGAAACUAUGAACUCAUGGGGUUAUAAAAUGAUAUCUGCAAUAGAGGUUGUUGCAGAAAUGGCAGCAAUUGGGUUUGGCUUGCCAAAGGAUGCAUUCACUUCUCUUAUGAAGCAGGGACCACAUUUGCUUGCUCCAACAGGUAGUGACCUUCGACGUUAUGGCCAGGAGGGCACUGUGUUUGCAGGAUAUCACUAUGAUCUUAACUUCCUAACAAUUCAUGGCAGAAGUAGAUUCCCUGGUCUAAACAUUUGGCUAAGAAAUGGGCAAAAGGUUGAAGUGAAGGUUCCUAUGGGAUGUCUGCUCAUUCAAACAGGAAAACAGAUUGAAUGGUUGACAGCAGGAGACUGCAUAGCAGGAAUGCAUGAAGUUAUUGUGACUAGUAGGACAAUCGAUGCAGUUAAACUUGCAUCGCAACAAAAUCGCAGCCUCUGGAGAGUAUCCUCAACAUUGUUUUCACACAUAGCAUCUGAUGCUGUGUUGAAGCCUUUAGGCCACUUUGCAGAGUCUCCACUAGCGAACAAGUAUCCACCUAUUUGUGCCGGAGAAUAUGUAGAACAAGAGCUUGCUGUGAUUAAUCUUAAAGGAAACAAAGGGGAGCCUUGAUAACACAUAAAACUGAGAAAGCAUGUAUUGCCCUCCUAAUAUUGCAAACUGCAUUUCAAGAUUGCUGCAAUGAAAUAAUUCUAAAACAGGUCAGGAUGAUUGUUGUGCCAUUGUUCAUCCCACUGGUCAUGAGGGAUUGUGGAACUUCUAAUUGACAGUUGUGUUUCUUAUUCUUGAUUAUGAUAUUUAGUGGUUGUUCUAUAUCUAAA